AAUGGCGGAUGGGGUAAUGGGUCACGGUUGUUUUGCUUUUGAAGGUGAGGCAAAUUGCAAUUCCAUCCUCACAAUAUUUGAUCCUUUUUCCUCAAUUUUUUAGGAAGAAAAUUGCAGUUUCUUGGUAUUGGAUCCGAUCUCUCUCCCACUACACGAACUUUCGUAGUCACUCCAACUCCCGCCAUGGUUGAAACGGUGAAGAUGCUCUGAUUGACGCAUCUUCCUCGCCAUUAUUGCAAGCUCUGAUUCAUCUUCUUCCAGUAUUGUUCAAAGACGAAUGUUUCUAGGCUUCUGAUGUUUGAUUAUUUUGUAGAAAGAAGUAAAAAUAUAAGGGUUUCGACUCGGGAAAUUCAUCAUGUUGAAGAAAUUACCGGGUCGGAGCAGCAGGUCGAAAGGCAUCAAAGUGAAGCAUAUUCUGCAGAUUGUUCUGUUGGUUGGUGUUUGCUUUUGGUUAGUUUAUCAGGUGAAGCGCUCCCAUGACAAGAAGAAAGGAUUCGACCAGAAAGAUAAUGAAAUAACGAUAAGAACUCGGGAUGGAGGGGAUGUUUUGAAAUUUGGAAGGAAAGAGCUUCACCCACAUGUUGAGGAAGUUCAUCCCGACUCGAAGCAAGAGGACGAUGAGGAGGAAGACUCAAAGCAUGAGGUUGAAGAGGGACAUGAAGAACUGAAAAACGAGGCAGUCGAUGAGGAGGAAGACUCAAAGCAUGAGGCAGAAGAGGGACGUGAAGAACUGAAAAAUGAGGCAGUCGAUGAGGAGGAAGACUCGAAGCAUGAGGUAGAAGAGGCACGUGAAGAACUGAAAAACGAGGCAGUCGAUGAGGAGGAAGACUCGAAGCAUGAGGUAGAAGAGGCACGUGAAGAACUGAAAAACGAGGCAGUCGAUGAGGAGGAAGACUCGAAGCAUGAGGUAGAAGAGGCACGUGAAGAACUGAAAAACGAGGCAGUCGAUGAGGAGGAAGACUCGAAGCAUGAGGUAGAAGAGGCACGUGAAGAACUGAAAAACGAGGCAGUCGAUGAGGAGGAAGACUCGAAGCAUGAGGUAGAAGAGGCACGUGAAGAACUGAAAAAUGAGGCAGUCGAUGAGGAGGAAGACUCGAAGCAUGAGGUAGAAGAGGCACGUGAAGAACUGAAAAACGAGGCAGUCGAUGAGGAGGAAGACUCGAAGCAUGAGGUAGAAGAGGCACGUGAAGAACUGAAAAACGAGGCAGUCGAUGAGGAGGAAGACUCGAAGCAUGAGGUAGAAGAGGCACGUGAAGAACUGAAAAACGAGGCAGUCGAUGAGGAGGAAGACUCGAAGCAUGAGGUAGAAGAGGCACGUGAAGAACUGAAAAACGAGGCAGUCGAUGAGGAGGAAGACUCGAAGCAUGAGGUAGAAGAGGCACGUGAAGAACUGAAAAACGAGUCGGUCAAUGAGGAGGAUGAAGGAAGCAAGCAUGAAGAUGAAGAGGAGACGGAUGAUGAUGGGAGAGGAGGUGGCGAUGACGAUAUGAAUGAGAAUGAUCGAGAGAAGUCCGAUAAUGAAUCCGAUCAUGAAGGUGAGAAUGCGGACGGUGAGAGAUUGAAAGAAGACGGUGAUGAGGAGGCAGGAGGAGAUGAGAAUUCUUCUGAUGAGCAGGAGAACGACAAUGGUGAUUCGAUCACUCAUGAGGCACGGGAGGAAAACUACAAGGGGGACGAUGCAUCUAGUGCCGUGGCCCAUGACGACCACUCUACCACCUCGACAGACGACGUGAGUUUAGAAAGUUCAAGUGAGAACGCAGAGCUGAAUAACAAAGAACAGAACAGUGAAUCAAAUGAAACCGAAGCGAUUCGUUCACGGUUAACCGAGGAAGUAGAUAAAGUGGCUAACAAUGAAACUUCAACGAACGAGAAUUUCAGUAAUGUGAAGCUCAGCGAAAACACGUCCUUCCCUACUGAUGGUUCAGUUCAAGAUUCAAUCCCGACCGCUCAAUCCGAUGAUCAACCUGAAUUGAGCAAUAAUACAUCCUCUGCAACUACUGAUACAAGUAAUGUAGAGAAUGCAGAUUCUUCUCAGCAGAAGGGAACAGAAAUUGAUUUGAAUCAUACUCAAAGUGAAAUCAUAGACAAUUUGGGUGAUAAGAAUGAAACAUCUCUUCAGUCUAUACUCACAGAUAUGAAUGACAAGGUUUUGGAGAACAGCACUUCUGAAUCUCAGCCAAAUGAGGUUGAAGGCGAAACCCGAAACAUCACGAGUAAGCCAGAUCUUACUGUUUCAGACGACGAGACAUCCGAAACGAAGAAAGACAACAAAACAAACGAACCGGAGAAUGUCUUACCGACCAUGAUACCCGAGGAGAAUAGUGAAGCUACUCAUAACGACAAGUCGGAAGACGAUGGCGAAUCCAACGACGAUAGCUCCAACUCGACAAACCACAUUGACGACCCAGUUCAAGACGAUCAUUUUGAUUCUAACGACUCCCAUGUAACCGAACGGGUGGAUCUAGAUACGCUUCCAGACAUCGAGAUUGACAAUAGUGAAGAGACUGCAGCAGAAUGAGGAUUUGAAUUAUAGAGGAGAGCCCAUGAUUAUGCUGAGUGUUUGUCUUGUAAUUGAGAAUUUGAUAAUUUAUACUCAGAAGAUGAGCCAUAGGAGGAAGGGAUGUGCACGUGGGUGGCUCGUAGAAACGGUUUAGAAUUUUGAAUGGAAAUUGAAACGUACACGAUGGAUGAACUGGGCCAGUGUGGA